AUGGGUUGUGCAAAGAUAACAGGUGUUAUCGCUUUAUGUUUAACAAUAUUAUUCACUGGUUUGACGAUAUAUUACGGAUUUAAGUUUUUUAAUGCUUACGAGUUAGGAAAAAGCUAUGAGGAAACUUUAUGUACAGUAGAAAAAAAGGUAGAUAGUGGUUUAUGCAAUGUAGACUCAUCAUCGGAAUGUUACAAACAAAAUGAUGAUAUUUGGUGGUAUAACAAUUGGGGUUCAAAUCCAUGGAUUAUUAUAAAUGGUGGUGGUUAUAGCACUGGAGGUGGUAAUUAUGAUGGCGGCGAUGAUGAUGAUGAUGAUGAUGAUGACGGUGAAUAUGACGAGGGUGGCAGAGACACUGGUGAAUAUGAUGAUGAUGACGAUGGCGGCGAUGACGAGGGUGGUGAAGAUGUGGGUGGUGACGCUGGUGGUGAUGACGAUAUCAUGAGAGAAUAUGCAAUCAAGGGAUACAAAAAAGAAGGUGCUACAUCCGGUGCUGGUGAUUUAUCAAAUCUUAGAGAGUUCAAAAAUAUUAAAAAAUCAUUAAAACAAAAGAUGGUUUCAGAAGUAAAAGCUAAAAAUAUUGUUGAAGGUAGCAGCAGUCACAAUUCAAGCAGCAAUAACUUUAGUGGUAGUGUUAACAAUAGCAGUAGUUCUUUCGAUAGUAAUAGUUAUUCCGGAUGCAGUGAUGAUUGUUAUCAAGGUAUUUUCACUGUAAUUUAUAAUGUAGGUAAUGGUACAUUAGUAAAUUCAACAAUCAAGGGUUUGGUAUCAGUCGAAAGUGAUUGGGUCAAAGCAUACUUAAAUAAUUAUCACAUUGGUUACAAUUAUACAUGUUGGUACAGCUCAAGAAAUGUUGAUAAUGUAGUAUGGUUUAAACCACCAAAGAUUAAAUCAUCAUAUCUUGCAGGUUUUGUUAUUGAUGGUAUAUUGGCAUUGAUUUCUGUAAUCGUUGCAAUCUUUAUGGUAGUUAGAAUUUGCCAUCACCAUAGACACCACCAUGGUUAUGAAAGUAUUAAUCAUUAA